AUGGUUUAAAAAAACAAAUUAGUUAAAUUAGGUAUACUUGCAUUUUUGCUGUUAGGUAUUGUUUUAGGUGAGCAUUGCAAUCCAGAUGAUACAGAAGAGUGCGAAACUUGCUGUGAAGGAACAGCUCCAAACGCAGAGUGUAUUCAUGAUAUCUUAAAAUGUCCACUAAAACCUAAUCCAAAUUUUACUGUUUUAGUAACAAUUUUAUAUAUACUAGCAGGAUUUAUAGUAGGUAUUCCAUUAAUUCUGUUUAUAAUUGACAAGAUCUUAUGUAGCAAUUUAUUUAACUGCAAAAUGUCUUUUUGCGAACUAAUAGCUAAUUAUAUCUGCUGUUGCUUUUGCCUUUCAAGAGAUAAGCCACCAAUUGAGCUAGAAGAUAUGGAAGAAUAGGAGAACCUUGAUGAUAGUAAAAAGAAAAAAGCUUCAAACAAAAUCAGUCCUGAGCAAAAAUGA